AUGUCGGCAGAUUCCUUAAAUUCUCUAGAUUCACUAGAGGUUCUAGAGACCGUUGUUAACGAGGAAUGUGCUGCUCUUCUCGAAGCCGAAAAUAUAAAAAACGAAUCUAUCCUUAUAAAACUUCAAAACUUUAUACGCAAAAUGCUCGAAUACAUUCUCUCAUUUUUCAAAAACGUGCCUAAAAAUCCUGUAUCAGCCGUUUCAUCAUUAAGAAAGCCAAAAAAUGACACAAAACUUAAAAUUUUUAUUGGAACAUGGAACAUGCAUGGAAAACUCCCUCCAUAUAACCUUUCACCUUUUGUUGAAAAUGUAGAAGUUAAUUCUAAAAAUUUUAAAAAAGAGACUCAACGUGCUCCUCUACUUACUCGAAAUAUACGACAUCCAUAUCAUAUUUUAGUAAUUGGAACACAAGAGUGUCAACAUAAUAUCAAACAUUCUGUAUUAUUUCCUUCAAAAGAGGAAUGGGAAUCAAGGUUAACUGAAUAUCUGGGAGAUACUUAUGUUCUAAUUAAAACUGAAACGAUGGCUGCAUUACAUUUGGCUGUAUUUGUGUGGCGAGAAUGUGAAAAUUGGGUUCAAGGUUAUCAACAUGAUGCGGUUGCAACUGGAUUAGCUAAUUUGUUUGGAAAUAAAGGUGGCAUUGGUAUUUCAUUAUUAUUUGGUAAUACUUCUUUCUGUUUUAUAAAUAGUCAUUUAGCAGCUCACCAAAGUAAAGUUAAACAACGAAAUCAUGAUGUGAAAAAGAUAUCUAAAGAAUUAAAAUUAAAGGGUUUUAAGCCAGAAGACAAAUCUCAAGUCAAUGUUACUGAUAGGUUUGACUAUACAUUUUGGUUUGGUGAUAUGAAUUAUCGCGUCGACUUACCAAGAGAAAAAGUCGAUAAAUUAAUUGUCAAAAAGGAUUUAGCUGUAAAUUUUUAUCCAACUUUUAAAUUUGAUAUAACCCAUCGUACAAGUCAUAAUAAUCAAGAAAACCCUCCACUAUCACGUAAUUUGUCUUCGCCAGCAUUAAUUGAAUCGAAUCCAUUGAAAUAUGAUUCAGGGCCAAAACAACGUGUGCCAAGUUGGACAGACAGAAUAAUUUUUAAAACACGUUUACCAUCUAAAUGUGGUAGUAAAAAAAAAAUUGAAGUUGGAAAAUAUACAAGUCAUAUGAAUAUUUUGGGAUUUUCAGAUCAUAGACCUGUUACAGGUUGCUUUUUUGUGGACUUUGAUUGGAAAUUAGAACAAAAAUUAUUAGAAGAUAAAAGGGAAAGAUUAGAACAAGAACAAAUGGACAAUGUUAGUAUUCAUAGUGUUAAUAGUAGUGAUAGUUCUAAAUCCGGUUCUAGGAUAAGAGUACUCACACUAUAG